AAUAACAUAGAGGACGCGGAAAGGAAAACAUUCGCUUCAUGCAAACAGUUUUUAAUCACAUCGAUGGUGGCAGAUAUGUAAUUUGGAGCCCACAUUUAUGUGAUAUGUUGGAGCAUAACGUUGACAUUGAGGGUCGCGUUUAUAAGGCGGGAGCCGGUGAGGCCGGGAGCAUUGGAGAUGGCACUGAGCGCGUGGGUGGUGGCGGCGGCCGUGCUGGCGGCGGUCGCGGCCAUGGACGACGAGAUGGCGGAGCUGGCCAAGAUGGUGCACGACAACUGCGGCGAGGAGACCGGCGCGGACCUCGCGCCCGUCGACAAGGUGAACGCGGGCGCCGACCUGGCCGACUUCCCGGACCCCAAGCUCAAGUGCUACAUCAAGUGCAUCAUGGAGACAGCGGGCAUGAUGACGGACGGCGAGGUGGACGUGGAGGCGGUGCUGGCCAUGCUGCCGGACGAGGUGCGCGGGCGCAACGAGGCGGCCAUGCGCGGGUGCGGCACGCAGCGCGGCGCCGACCACUGCGACAACGCCUUCCUCACGCACGUGUGCUGGCAGAAGGCCAACAAGAAGGACUACUUCCUCAUCUAACGCCGCUAACGAACCUACAUUCAUUAAACCAUUUCAAUUGUUA